AUGACUGCCCAUCGCUUUGCAUCCGCUUGCCCACCACACGUUUUUCUGACAGUGACAGACCAGGGCCCUAACACAUCAAGCCCUACAUGUGUGAACGGAGGGUCAGUGGACAGCCUAUCCUCUGCUCGUCUGACUGUGAGUCCCAGCUGCUCUCAGUUCUUUAAAGGAGACUUUGUGUCUCUGAGCUGUGAGGAGGACGACAGCUCUGCUGGAUGGACUCUGAGGAGAAACACAAGCAAACAAGAGAGGACUCAGUGUGGAGAUGGGUGGGGAGAAGGUGCUGGUUCUUCCUGUAACAUCAGCUACAUCUUCACAUGGGACAGUGGAGUUUACUGGUGUGAGUCCAGAGAGGGUCCCAUCAGUAACAUGGUUAACCUGACAGUCACUGGUGGAUCAGUGAUCCUGCAGAGUCCUGUCCUCCCUGUGAUGGAGGGAGAUGACGUCACUCUGCUCUGUAAAACAAAGACCACUCCCUCCAACCUCCCAGCUGCUUUCUAUAAAGAUGGCUCCCUCAUCAGCAAUAGGUCUUCAGUUAACAUGACCAUCCAGCAUGUUUCCAGGUCUGAUGAAGGCCUCUACAAGUGUGACAUCAGCAGUCAUGGAGAGUCUCCAUCCAGCUGGAUCACUGUCACAGCUGGGGUUCUCUCUGCAGGUAGACCUACAACCACAACCUCGCCCACCACCUCUACAAAUAUGCUCCCUACCUCCACCACCCUCCAUCAUGCGAUCAGAGUAGUCUGUCACCUGGUGGUGUUCUGUCCAUACUUCAUCUCCACUCUCCUCUUGGUGUCUUUAUAUCAACACAGAGCCAAAGGAAAUGACGCCACCGUCAUUUUGGCAACAGCAGCCAAUGCGGAGCAGAGAAUGACUGAGGACUAUGAUGAUAUUGCAGCGGUGACCUCUGAGCAUCAGUUCUGA